UAUAUUUACAUUGUAGGCAUAGCUGCAAAAUAAAACCUAGGUUAUAAGAGGAGUCCGUUUUUUUACGUAUUUUUCGCAUUUUUUAUUAACAAUACGCACGAUUUGAUAAUUUUAUUCGUUUAUAUAAUAUUAAUCGAUCAUCAACGGCAUGGGCGGGCCUAAACGUGCCAAAAAGGAAAAUUACGUCGAACGGCGUGGUAGAAAACGGAAAAAAGAGGAAGAAGAAGAAGUAGAGGAGAUAAUCGAUGUAGAUGAAGAAGUUUCAGAUGGAGUUCCCGGUUCGGCGAAAAAGAAUAUAGAAAGUGCCGAUGGUGGUAUGCUAGAAGAUGAAUUUGGCGCUAAAGAUUAUCGAAAUCAACUUACACUCAAACCAGACAGUGAAAACAGACCAUUAUGGGUUGCGCCAAAUGGUCAUAUAUUUUUAGAAUCAUUUUCCCCAGUUUACAAACAUGCUCAUGAUUUUCUAAUUGCGAUAUCUGAACCAGUUUGCCGGCCUGAGCACAUCCAAGAGUAUAAAUUAACAGCAUAUUCUUUGUACGCUGCAGUCUCAGUUGGUUUAGAGACAGAUGAUAUUAUCGAGUAUUUAAGGCGGCUGAGCAAAACAUCCAUACCGGAUGGGAUUGUAGAAUUUAUUAAGCUUUGCACCUUAUCAUAUGGGAAGGUGAAGCUCGUCUUAAAGCACAACAAGUACUUCAUAGAGUCACCAUUUCCUGAAGUGCUCCAGAAGCUUUUAAAGGAUCCAAUUAUCCAAGAGUGCCGGCAGAGAAGGGACACCGAGGCAUUAAUUACGGAAGUCGAAUCGAAAGCAAAAGCCCCACAAUUUGGAAUCAAACCUGCUAACCCAGCAGUUGUAACAACAGAGGCAGCACCGCCAGAGAAGGCUGUACCCGUUCCUGAUGACAUUUCAGAUUUCUACAGCAAAAUGGACAAAGCGGAUGAGGAGGACGAAGAGGAACAACAGACAAGCACAGUUUCUUUUGAAGUUAAUCAGGAAAAAAUUGAAGUCAUUCAGAAAAGGUGUAUCGAACUAGAAUACCCUUUGCUUGCCGAAUACGAUUUUAGGAACGACACAGUAAAUCAAGAUAUCAAUAUUGAUUUGAAACCAUCAGCUGUAUUAAGGCCUUAUCAGGAAAAGAGUCUAAGAAAAAUGUUUGGCAAUGGAAGAGCAAGAUCCGGUGUUAUAGUAUUACCUUGUGGUGCUGGUAAAAGUUUGGUUGGUGUGACAGCAUGUUGCACAGUAAGAAAGAGGGCACUUGUGCUCUGCAAUUCUGGAGUUUCCGUGGAGCAGUGGAAGCAGCAGUUCAAGAUGUGGUCCACCGCUGAUGACAUAAUGAUCUGCCGUUUUACAUCGGAAGCAAAAGAUAAACCCAUGGGCUGUGGUAUCCUCAUUACGACUUAUUCGAUGAUAACCCACACACAAAAAAGGUCAUGGGAGGCCGAACAAACAAUGAAAUGGCUUCAAACUCAGGAAUGGGGAAUAAUGGUACUAGACGAGGUACAUACAAUUCCGGCAAAAAUGUUCAGGCGUGUUUUAACAAUAGUUCAGUCGCACUGUAAGCUCGGUCUUACUGCAACUCUCCUCCGUGAGGAUGACAAAAUUGCCGAUUUAAAUUUCCUCAUUGGGCCUAAACUGUAUGAAGCAAACUGGCUGGAAUUGCAAUCAAGAGGUUUCAUCGCCAGGGUGCAGUGCGCCGAAGUAUGGUGUCCAAUGACUCCUGAAUUUUAUAGGGAAUACUUAAUGUGUAAAACUUCUAAAAAACUGCUUUUAUAUGUAAUGAAUCCAAACAAAUUUAGGGCUGCUCAAUUUUUAAUAAGAUAUCACGAGAAAAGAGGUGAUAAAACAAUAGUUUUCUCAGAUAAUGUUUUCGCUUUAAAACACUAUGCAAUUAAAAUGAAUAAACCUUAUAUAUAUGGUCCUACAUCUCAGAACGAAAGAAUUCAGAUUUUACAAAACUUCAAGUUUAACCCUAAAGUGAAUACGAUAUUCGUAAGCAAAGUUGCCGAUACUUCGUUUGAUCUUCCAGAGGCAAACGUUCUAAUCCAGAUAUCGUCCCAUGGUGGUUCAAGAAGACAAGAAGCCCAAAGAUUGGGAAGAAUCCUUCGCGCGAAGAAGGGUGCAGUCGCUGAAGAGUACAAUGCAUUUUUCUACACGCUCGUCUCCCAAGAUACAAUGGAAAUGGCUUAUUCAAGAAAACGUCAGAGGUUUUUAGUCAACCAAGGAUACAGUUACAAAGUUGUGACAAAACUGGCCGGCAUCGAACAGGACCCAGACAUUAUGUACAAGACAAGAGAAGAACAAGGUAUCCUCCUACAGCAGGUUUUGGCCGCAUCUGACCUGGAUGCUGACGAGGAAAGAGUACCAGGAGAACUUCAUAAAGGAUCGGGCGUCAAAAGGACCCAUGGGAACAUCGGAUCUAUGUCAGGGGCGGAUGAUGCUGUCUACAUGGAAUUUAAAAAGCCCUCAAGCAACAUUAAACACCCGUUAUUUAAGAAAUUCAGAAUGUAAAUGGAACUGUUUAUAUUCAAUAUUCAAGCCGAAUGAGUGUUUGUAUAUAAUAAAAUAUAAAUGUUUGUGUUUU